AUGGCAUCCAACAACAAUCAUGAUCGUGCUCCUGGCGAAAGUUCGCCAACGCAAGAUUCAAUUCCUUUACAGAAUCUUUCCAGGGAUGAAAUUGACGAUUUUGACACAACGAGCGAGCGUCGUGGGAGGAGGAGAAGCAGUAGCGCAAAGACUGGACAUGGGCCCAGGCGGUCACUACUCACCGGCGGAGGUUUUAAGACAUACGAGCGCGUUGCAGAAGAUUCGCCGGAUCCUGUUGACAGAGUUGGUCUGCAUGUCAUGCAGCAAUCUUCGACAAGAAUAAAGGAGAAUAAUCCCUAUGCACUCGAUGACCAUGACUUGGACGACGACCCGGGGGGGUUCGGCCUUGGUUACCGUACAGCUUCAUCGCGGCGUUCCGAAAACGAAGAAUUCAUGAUGACUUCCUUCCCAGAGCCCUCUGAGAAUGACUUUCUUUCUUCAACAAUAAUGACGGAUGAUACCACUCGUUUAACGGAUAAGAAAUACCUCCAACCGAUCAGCGGUGCUACAGAUGUCGACGAGCAGGAAGCACGGGCGAGCAUGCAGAGCAUAAGACUGGGCAAUAGUAUCAGUAGUUCACGGUUAGGGGAUGACUUGGUUAAUCUGGAAAAUGGGCUAGGAGGAAGACGGGGCAGCAACAGUGAAGGUGGUAGCCCUUCUCGCUCGCGCUCAUUAUCGCCUUCAGUGUCAGGCUCGGCUUUGCAUAGGGCAGGAACCGUCAUGCAGCUGAUGUCGCAACGUGUCGUUAACCUGAGUAACGAGCCUGUUGAGCAGGCAAUAUUACGAAGGGAGUCACUGAAGAAUAGACCAACAAGUUCGCCAUCCAUGCACAGCUAUGAUGACGAGCCACAGCGAACUCAGCAUGUGGCGGAGAAAGCUGCUCCCCGAGGCCCAUGGAGGACCCAUGCCAAUCCGUUUAAAGGCAAAUCCGUCGGCAUCUUCAGUCCGGAUAAUCGAUUAAGAGCAUUGCUAUGUGAUGUUUUGGUACACCCAUUCACUGAACCUUUCCUCUUACUGGUCAUUGUCGUCCACGCCGUAUUAUUGGCUGUCCAGUCAGCUCAUUCAGUCUAUAGUCAUCCGAGGUCAUUUGGAUGGGGCUUAGAGAAGAUUGAUUAUGCCUUGUUUGCCAUCUUCGUCAUCUACACUAUAGAGCUAUCCAUGAGAAUUAUAGUCUCUGGCUUCAUCUGGAAUGCGGCAGAGUAUAGUACCCUGGACAGGUCGCUCGGUUACAAGAAAGCAUUGUCUGAACGAGGCAGGACUUUAUUCUCUCUUCAGCGAGGACCAUCAACGAAGAAGAAAUCAGUCGGAUUCGAGGAUAGUCAAGUCACCCAUCUGCGCAAGACUUUUACCGGGUUGCAACCGCCUGCAGAUUCUUCAGAUGACCCUCGCCAUGGCUCACGCAAGCGGCUCGCUCACAGAGCGUUCCUCAGACAUUCUUUUAAUCGAUUGGAUUUUCUUGCUGUUAUCUCAUAUUGGAUCUCGUUUGCUCUACAUGUAGUAGGCUUCGCUUCCAAGCACAAUAUUUAUAUCUUCCAGAUGCUCAGUUGUCUACGUUUACUCCGACUUCUGGGCAUUACUGAUGGCACUUCGGUUAUCCUUCGAAGCCUUAAAAAGGCCGCUCCGCUGCUCCUCCACGUCGCAUUCCUCAUUGGAUUCUUUUGGUUGCUUUUUGCGAUUGUUGGAAUUCAAAGUUUCAAGUCCAGCUUUCGCAGAAGUUGUGUCUGGAUUGACCCUGAGGGUCAGAGUAAUUUCACCAUGAAUGAUCCUUACAAUGUGUUCCAACUAUGUGGUGGCUACCUUGAUAACACUACCGGAACCCCGUUACCUUGGGUUUAUGCAGAUAAUACUCCUUCUUCUUUCGAACCAAAAGGUUACCUUUGCCCGCAAGGCUCUAUGUGCAUUGAAGGGACCAAUCCGUACAACGGGACAGUCAGUUUUGACAAUAUCUUCAAUUCCCUUGAACUCGUUUUCGUCAUCAUGAGUUCUAACACAUUCACCGACCUCCUAUACUAUACUACGGACUCAGAUUACCUAGCAACUGCACUGUUUUUCGCUGUUGGAUUCGUACUUCUAAGCCUAUGGAUGGUGAACUUGUUGGUUGCCGUGAUCACGUCCUCGUUCCAGGUUAUUCGGGAGGAGAGCCGACAGAGCGCUUUCGCCAUGGAGAAUGUUCAGGAUCCUGUUAAUGAUGAGGUAGAACAGCAUCGAGUUAACAACCUCAAAUAUAUGUACGACAAAACAAAAUGGCUAUGGAAUACGCUUAUUGCGUACGACCUCAUCGUACAGUGUAUUCGGAGCUCGACCAUGAGCCGAUCUACGGAGAGAUUUAUCAGUGACACUGAAACGGCGGUUACAUUCGUUCUCUUGUUGGAGAUUAUCAUACGUUUUGUGGUGGAUUGGAGACAUUUCCAUAAGAGCCGUCGCAACCUUUUUGAUCUAUUUCUCGCGGUGAUUACGUGUAUCAUACAAAUUCCGCGUAUUCAUGACUCCGGCCGAGCAUAUGCGGCUCUCACCCUUUUCCAAAUUUUGCGAAUCUACCGUCUCGUUCUGUUAUUCUCUGUCACUAGAGAUCUCAUCAUGGUAGUCUUUCGAAACGUCGUGGGUUUGCUUAACCUGAUACUUUUCGCUUUCUUGAUGACUUUUCUAGCAGCUCUUUUUGCAGUGCAGCUGUUCCGUGGUAUGAUUCCAGAAAACGACUCUGGUGGGAAUUCGAUUCAGGUCACAUUUUUCAACAUAUACAAUGCUUUUCUAGGAAUGUACCAAAUUCUUUCUAGCGAGAACUGGACUGAUAUCCUCUAUGAUGGCACGAACUUCACUACCGGUUAUGGUACAGCCUGGAUUUCGGCCUCGUUUUUUACCAUGUGGUUCAUUCUUGCCAACUUCAUUAUUUUGAACAUGUUUAUUGCAGUCAUCCAAGAAAGCUUUGAUGUAUCUGAGGAUCAGAAACGCCUACAUCAGGUGAAGGCCUUUCUACAACAAAAGGAACUUGGCUCCUCGGCAAGCAACCUUUCUUUGACGUCUAUAUUCAAAUUUGGCCGCGACAGCGCCAAGUAUAGCGGACCUCUAGACUAUGGACCGGCGACCACGGAGAUGCUUUUAAAGGACGCUGUAGUCAAGGAAUUUUUGGACGAGCAAUUUGAUUCAUUCGACACCCAAGCUUCCAACCAGACUUCCAUGGGGAGGAACGCAGCUCGGUCAAGCUUUUUAUCGACAAUAUUGGGAACAAGAUCUUGGAAGGCCUUAUUUGAAAAAGAGGCCAAUCCCUUUUACUCCAAGUUGAAAUUUUCGAGGCCAUACGAUGAACUGGAUCCUCGUACUCUAGCGAAAGAGGUUGUCAUGGCGUCUGAGCAACGCAAAGUAGCCCAAAGAGAAUACCUUCAACGAUAUCCGCUGUAUAAUAAAUCAUUAUACCUCUUUGCAAUCAACAACCCCAUUCGAAGAGCGUGUCAGCGAAUGGUCGGCGCAGGCCGCGGCAAUCAUCGAUUCGAAGGAGUCGAACCUUAUAAGCCGCUGUGGUACUCUUUCUCCGCGUUCAUCUAUGCUUGUAUUGUCGCAAUGGUCUUGCUGGCCUGUAUCACGACCCCACUUUAUCAGCGGGAAUAUUUUAUGGGCAAGAAAUACGAAACCCACAAUUGGUUUGUCUGGUCUGAUGCCGUGUUUGCGACAAUCUUUACGAUAGAAGGUAUCAUCAAAGUAGUUGCCGAUGGCUUUUUCUGGACUCCAAACGCCUACCUUCGAAGCUCCUGGGGAUUUCUUGACGGCGUUGUGCUUGUAACGCUCUGGAUCAAUGUCUUCACGUCUUUGUAUACUAAUGGCAGUGUGUCCAGAAUCGUCGGGGCUUUCAAAGCUCUGAGGGCGUUGAGGCUGCUUAACGUUAGUGAUAGUGCAAGAGAUACGUUUCAUUCCGUUAUCAUCGUCGGUGGAUGGAAUGUUAUUUCUGCUGCCUUCGUUUCGUUGAGUUUCCUCAUUCCCUUCGCCAUCUACGGAUUGAAUCUAUUCAAUGGGCAAAUGAUAUCUUGCAACGAUUCUGACAUAUCAGGGAGCCUCAAUGCAUGUGUAGGGGAAUUCAACAGUUCGCCGUAUAACUGGGAUGUCUUGGCGCCCAGAACAGCCUCCAACUCGUACUACAAUUUCGAUGAUUUCGGCCAGUCCCUCUUCAUUCUCUUCCAAAUUGUGUCUCAGGAGGGCUGGAUUGACGUUCAAUGGAGUGCCGAGAGUAUUACAGGGCGUGGUCUACAACCUCAACCUUUCGCUUCACAAGCUGAUGGUCUUUUCUUUGUCGUCUUCAACAUACUUGGUUCGGUCUUUGUGCUGACGCUGUUUGUGACUGUCUUCAUGCGAAACUACACGGAACAGACUGGAGUUGCCUUUUUGACUGCAGAGCAACGUUCAUGGCUCGAAUUGCGCAAGCUGCUACGGCAGAUUUCACCUUCUAAGCGCUCGAAAAACGCCACCGCCGAAGAUGUGCUCUUCCUAAUCUUGACGCUCUUCUACGUCGCAGAUAUCUUUAUACGCAUCGUCGGACUGGGAUGGUCUCGUUUCAGACGGAGUUCAUGGGAUCUCUAUUCCCUUUUGGCAGUACCUGGAACUUUAGUGACAGUGACAUUAGGGUUCGGCCUCAGCAGCACCAAUGUUAUCCAGCAACUCAAUAAGCUAUUUCUAGUGUCAAUCACCCUGCUGCUCAUUCCACGCAACAAUCAACUCGAUCAGCUUUUCAAGACGGCUGCUGCUAGUUUGACGUCUAUCAUCAACUUGUUAGCAACCUGGUUCGUUUUAUUUCUCGUGUUCGCUAUCGCCAUGACGCAGACGUUUGGUCUCACGAAGUUUGGAGAGAACGAAACGAAUAACAUUAAUUUUCGUGAUGUCCCAAAAGCUCUGAUUUUCCUCUUCCGCACGAGUGCGGGAGAAGGUUGGAACCAAUUCAUGGAGGACUUUGCUGGCAUGAGGCCUCCGUAUUGUACGGCAAGUGAUGAAUUUUUGGACUCAGACUGUGGGAGCGAGGGAUGGUCUCGCAGUCUAUUUAUUGCGUGGAACGUGAUCAGCAUGUACCUUUUUGUGUCAUUGUUUGUUUCACUUAUUUUCGAGAGCUUUUCAUAUGUGUAUCAGCGCAGCAGUGGCCUUGGUCUGUACACGAUUGACCGAGUCGAAAUUCGGCGAUUCAAGGAAGCCUGGUCCCAUUUUGAUCCUCGCGGUUCCGGAUUCAUUUCAAAAGAACAGUUUCCGAGACUUUUAGGAGAAUUAUCCGGGCUGUUCGAUAUGCGCAUUUACAAUGGUGAUUUUACAGUUAAGAGAAUUCUAGAACAAUGUCGAAUGGGUUCUGGUCGUCAGGAGUCUUUCAUUUCUUUCAAUCCCAACGAGAGCGCGAAUACCGACGAGGUUGAUAUUUCGAAGCUAGCUCGGAUCAUUGAAAACAUUUCAGUCAAGGAGGUUCGAGCUCGGCGAAAGCAAUUGAACGCCUUCUACGAAGAAGUGCUAGUGUCUGCUGAUCCCGAACGAGGAGUUUCGUUUUCUAUGUGCUUGAUGAUCCUUGCUCACUACAAAAUCAUUGUUGAUAGCAAAAGUUUGCGGCUGGAAGAGUUUCUCCGUCGUCGUACGCGGCUUCAGCGGGUUGAAGAAGCUGUUCGGCGAAAUACUGUCAUUGGCUUCUUUGAUACUCUCUACUGGUCUCGCCGCUUUCGUAGGCGCAUCGAGGAGCGGAAGACUGCUCGCCUUUCGACCAUUCCCCAAUUCUCGAUACCAGAAAUCUUUGUUGAGGAUCAGACAGAGCUUAUUGAUCAUGAGAAUGAUGGUAAUAAAGAUAAAGGGGAUGGGCAAUCUGUCCAAAAGCCGACCCCGAUUAUGUGGCCAUCGGUAGUCUCACCAACAUCAAGUGCAAUGUCGGUUACCAGCUCUCCUACUCGACCAUCUUUGCAUAUCGACACCAGCGGUGUACGAGAUGAAGCACCCAGUGAAUGGUCAAGGAUCGGUGCAUCCUUAUCACCACGGCAGACAAAUGACUUUGAUGCUGAGUUCCGAAGCCGUUCUGAAUCUUUGGGUGGCCAGUCAUCGCAAAGCGACGGCCAUUCGCGCGAGGAAAGUGUCAUUGUGCAAGACAUGAUGCAGAGCCUUGGUGAUUCAGCUUGGGGUCAGAGUAUUCGCAGAAGCUUUACGCAGCGACGAUCAGGUGACCAUGAGUAA